ACUAAAGAAAGAAAGAAAGAGCGCGCGUGUGAUGUGUUUGUGUAUCAUCAGUGUUUUUCUCUCUUGCGUGUUUCAUUGAGUGUAAACAGAGUCUUGUCUCUGUGUAUUUAAGCGAAAUUUAAGCAAAAAUCUAUCAGCUGAAGAAAGAGGCGGCGUUACUGGAGACAAAGCUGAGGUCAGGAGGAGAUUUAGGAAUGAAACGAGAGGUUUGUACAGCUUAAACAUCAUUUACCUGAAUCAGACAACAUCAAAUCAUUCCAUGGAUCAAACCUCCACAGAGUCUCUGGAUUCUGUCUGUAACGCUGGAGAACAGCAGCAGAUCCUGAAGACCAAACUGAAGAUGUGUUCAGUUAAACUCAUCGACUGCACGAACCUCAUGAUGAAGAUUAAAACUGAACCCACAGAAAUGAAAACUGAACCCACAGAAAUCAAAACUGAACCCACAGAAAUCAAAACUGAACCCAGAGAAAUGAAAACUGAACCCAGAGAAAUGAAAACUGAACCCAGAGAAAUGAAAACUGAACCCACAGAAAUGAAAACUGAACCCACAGAAAUGAAAACUGAACCCACAGAAAUGAAAACUGAACCCACAGAAAUGAAAACUGAACCCACAGAAAUCAAAACUGAACCCACAGAAAUCAAAACUGAACCCACAGAAGAGAAAGAUCCCACUGAUGAAGAUGAUGAUUUUAUUCCAUCAGAUGUGAUGAGUGAUGCAUGUUUGGAUAUAGAAAUAACGUCCUCAACAUCAAAAGAGCGACUGACAGCACAAACUCUUUCCUGCAUCACCUGUGGAAAGACAUUCAGCUCACAGAGACUUUUAGAGAGACAUGAGAGAAAACACACAGAACAGAAACUCUUCACCAGAUCUGAGAUCAGCUUUACUACCUUACAAGAGAAGAAACUUCAUUCAGAAGAGCACAGAGAGAAGAAGAAGCAGUUUCACUGUGAGCAGUGUGGGAGGAUUUGUGUCUCUUCCUAUAAACUAAAUGUUCACAUGAGGACACACAGUGAUGAAAAGGCUUUCAACUGCACUGAAUGUGGAAAAUACUUCAGAACCAAAUCCAAACUUCAAGUUCAUCAGACAGUUCACACAGGAGAAAAACCUUACAAAUGCUCUCAGUGUGACAAGACGUUUGCUCAGUCAAGUUACUUACAAGCCCAUCAGAGACUUCAUACUGGAGAGAAACCUUACAUCUGCUCUCAAUGUGGAAAGAGCUUCUCCAAGUCAUCUAAUUUAAGAGUUCACGAGAGAGUUCAUACUGGAGAGAAACCUUUUCACUGUAGUGUCUGUGGGAAGAGUUUUAGUCUAAAGCAUAACUUACUUAAUCACCAGAGAAUUCAUACAGGUGAAAAACCUUACAAAUGCUCUCAGUGUGACAAGACAUUUGCUUCUUCAGGUCACUUCAAAUACCAUCAGAGACUUCAUACUGGAAAGAAACCUCAUCACUGUAGUGUCUGUGGGAAGAGUUUUUCUAAUUCAUCUCAUUUAAGAGUUCAUGAAAGAAUUCAUACUGGAGAGAAACCUCAUCUCUGUAGUCUCUGUGGGAAGAGUUUUACUCAAGGGUCUACAUUACUAUAUCACAUGAGAAUACAUACAGGUGAAAAACCUUUCAAAUGCUCUCAGUGUGACAUGACAUUUGCUCAGUCAAGUCACUUACAAGCCCAUCAGAGAGUUCAUACUGGAGAGAAACUUUAACACUGUAAUGUUUUUGGGAAGAGUUAAUCAACAGUCAAACUUUGUUAGCAUAAGUGACCUUACUAAGGCUAUGACACCAAAAACUUGUAACGUAUAAAGUUUUAAAUAUUGUUAAAAACAAGUUGAUAGUAAAAUAAGAACAAAUAAUCAAAUGAUGAGCAAUAUUGUUGAUAAAUACAACAGAACAAACAUACAAAUGAAAUAAAACGGUGCUGGUCAGGUUUUCAGAUUGAUCUAACAGUACUGUAUUAUGGAGGAUGAAAAAUGACAUAAAGGUCUAAUAUUUUAAAGCUUUCUAGAGUUUUAUUUUAGGUUAUGAUGUCCUUACCGUGGGUUCACACCAGCCGCGUUUGAGGCGUCAAAUUCGUAUCUACCGUCUAGUUUCCCGCUUGAACAUUUUGAGUUUACUUGCUUAAUUCACGUGUGAAAUUCUAGUUAACGAGACAUUCACGCGAAAAUUCACGUCAUGGGAGGGGCUUCUGCGGCUCCGCUCGCUUUCUGUAGUCACGUCACUACUAGAGCAAGCUCCUGAUUGGUUAACGUGGCACGUUUUUCUGCCAAAGUUCAAAUUUUUCAACUCGCGCAUUUCAACGCUCAAUUUGCGUCAUUCGCAUGAACGCGGUGGAAUUGCGUCUACCGCGCGCACUACACGCGUCAUUCACGCCGCGAGACCUUUACAUUGACUUAACAUUGAAAUCACUCGUGUUGACGCCUCAACAGCGGCUGGUGUGAAUGCUGCAUUAAAGGGAUAGUUAACACAAAAAUGAAAUUUCUGUCAUCAUUUACUCACUCUCAUGUUGUUACAAACCUGUAUAAAUUUCUUUGUUCUGAUGAACAUGAAGGAAGAUAUUUUGAGAAAAGUUUUAAAUCAAGCCACUUGUGAGCCCCAUUCACUUCCAUAGUAUUGUAUUUUUUCAUACUAUGAAAGUUUUGUUUUUGACAUUGGUUUUAUGAGUGAAAUACACAGUUGACAUAAUGUUACUCAUAGAAGUACACUAAAUGUUAGUUUCUGUUCACUAAAUGUUAGGUUAGUAAACCAAGAGACGAAAAGGUUUUAAUCUUACCAUGUUUAAUUAAAACAACAGCAGCUGGUAAAUAAACCAACAGGGCCGGUGUCUGAAACUUAAAGGGAUAGUUCACUUUAAAAUUAAAAUUCUGUCAUCAUUUACUUAUCCUCAUGUUGUUCUAA